GUGACUCAAACGUUUAUAGUUAUCAUAUCAACAAAUAGCCAACCAUGGCGAAAACGUACGAUUAUCUAUUUAAACUGUUAUUAAUUGGUGAUUCGGGCGUUGGAAAGACAUGCGUUCUCUUCAGGUUUUCAGAAGACGCAUUCAAUUCUACCUUCAUUUCAACUAUAGGUAUUGAUUUCAAAAUUAGAACCAUUGAACUGGAUUCUAAAAAAAUAAAACUUCAGAUAUGGGACACAGCUGGUCAGGAACGUUUUCGAACAAUUACAACAGCCUAUUACCGAGGUGCGAUGGGAAUCAUGCUUGUUUACGAUAUAACCAACGAGAAGAGCUUUGACAACAUAAAGAAUUGGAUUAGGAACAUAGAGGAACAUGCAUCUGCAGACGUAGAAAAGAUGAUUUUAGGAAAUAAAUGUGAUAUGAAUGACAAGAGACAGGUGUCACGAGAACGUGGGGAACAGUUAGCCAUAGAAUAUGGAAUUAAAUUUAUGGAAACAUCAGCCAAAGCAUCAAUAAAUGUUGAGGAAGCUUUCUUCACCCUUGCACGUGAUAUUAAAGCCAAGAUGGAGAAAAAAUUGGAAGCAAGUAAUCCUCCCAAGGGUGGCCACACAAUCAAGCCGAACGAACCACCACGAAAAUCCAUCAGUAGUUGGCUAGCUAAGUGUACUAUCCUAUGAUCUCCUUUGUGGUGUAUUCUAGCUCACCUUAUUAUGGAAGUGUCUUGGUUAUGCCAGGAAGUAGUUAUGAUGGUAGUCAGGAAGUGAUUGGUUUAACUGUGUGCUUACCCUGUGAUUGUUGCAACUUAAUGAGAACAGGCUUGAAAGGCUGUGUUUGCUGGCAUGUAGUAUAACUACAUACCAGUAUCUUAACAAUCUUCACAGACCUUUGGGCAUUAGCCAGGGACCCUCUGGUUUUCAGAAGUGAAGUUUCAGUUCAAUUGUAAAUGGAAAAGAAUUUAAAGAUAAAAUGGAUAGGGUAUUUUGAAGACAAUUCUUAUUGUACUUUGUUGUCAAUUAAAAUAUUUUUUGCUGUUUGAUGGACUGCAACCAUAUCUAAAUAUAAAAGUGUUGCAACAUCAUCAUCUGUUGGUUAGGCAUUUCUUGUGUCAGCAUCUGUUUAUGCUAUGCAUCUGUGAUUGUAGAUAUGUCCAUGUAUGUGAUUUAGAAAGUUGUAUGUUUAUAUUCUUGUUUGUAUAAUUUUCAACUCCUACAUUGAAAUUUCUCCUUUGUCCUACAUAUAUUUCACAGCAGAUCUAAGAUGUACAGCACAAUAUCCAUCCAGUAAGGUGUAAUUCCAGUCAGCCAUGUUGUAGCCAUAAGCCAUGAUGGCUGUGCUUCACUCAUAUGACACUGUACUGUAUAUAGAAUAAGAGUAAUUAGGAAGCAAUAUCAAUAUAUUUUAUGAACUCGCCCUUUUGCAAAUCAUAUACCGUAAAGUAUAAGAUUUUCUAAUAGUUGAAAGCUAAUUGUGCUCAUUAUUUGCAAGUUUAUAUAUGCCAUGCACGCUUGAAACAUCAUUUUUAUAACAUGGGAACGUUUUUUGAAACCAGAGGAUACAACUUUUGUUAGGAAGUUUUUGUUAGUGACAAUUUUCUGGGAUAAUAGUCUAUAUGUCUUUGAAAGCAGUUUAAUUCUUCCAUAUAUUUAGAUUGAAGUAAGAGAUGGUUAGUAAAAUUGUAUAAAGUCUUGUAGGCACACAGUUUUAGGUCUUAUUCAAUGUCUGUUAAAUUCUCCAUUUUCUUCAAUUUAAUACAAAGCUGAACCAUGAGCUUACUCUUAGAAUUUUACUGUAGAUGUCAAGUCUUUUGGUUGUUUCAGAUCUGCAUGAUUGGUAUUUUGUAAGUACUGUAAAUUUCCAUUUAUAGAAUUCUUGAGCAAUGUGAUUAAUGGUACUUCUUUGUUUCAUGCUCAUAAUUUUAAUUAUGAUUUUUUUUUUAUACAUAUAACUAACUUUUCCUAUGGUUUCAGAUUGCUUAUUUUUCCAACAGAUGGAUGAUUAUUAACUCAUGAUUUAAUUGCAAUUAUGCUAUUUUGGAAUUAUAAGAUUUUGAGUAAAAAAGAAACAUGAGUCAUAAUUAAUGGCAUAAUCACAUAUUAUUAUCUUCAUUUGAACUUGAAAUUGGCUCUACUACUAAUAGUCUCUGGUGCCACAACAGUGAUUUUGUAUGUUUACAAAAUUGCUUCAAGGACUGCCCUCUUAAUAAAAGGAUAUCCAUGUAACCCAUGGUGUCUAUGUAAACAUAAAGGUAUGUAAUUUUGAAAAUUUGAGAGGUGUUAUGGAGCCAUAAAGGUAGCUAUGAAAUUGUGUAAAUGUGCAGUGUUUUCCAUUAUGAUUUAGUUCCUUGUUAUCAGGUACCUAAAUGUUUCCUACCUGUCCAUUCCAGUGUGUGUUUAUUUCUCUUUUUGAAGUCAUGAAUAUUUUUUUUUUUUUUUUUGCUUACUAUUUUAUUUUUCUUUCAUGAUGGUGCAUUCUUCUCAGUGUCAUACAAACCUUGCUAAAGUUUUGUGGAAGAUAAGAUUCCUUGUACGUAUAUUGUUAGCGUUCUUUUUGCAGUGUGUGGUUAUGACCUUCUUCAAGCAAGUACCUAUCUGCUAUUUAUACAGGUCACUGGAUCAAGUCUGGCUUUAACUUAGGUUUUGUGUGUUUAGUUAACUCAUGCCCUUUUAUGUAAAUUGCUGGAAUUAUGCUGACAGUUUGCCCAGUUGAAAAUAUUAUAAAUUGAGCCAAAUUUAAGUCUAAGUUACACAAAGCUAUAUAUCUUAAGUCUACAGAGACUUAAUGUAGAAUGUGUGGGUCUUUAUUGUUUCGUAUUAAACUAUUUGUAAUUGAGGUCAAAUUAUAUACGUAUACCAUUUAUUCUGCAUGAUGCACCUUGAGGAGUUGGAAUAUGACUUUAGUUCCCAAGGAUAAAUUUUGGUCAGUCAGAUUUCUCAUGUUUUUGUUUUUUUCAUUCACAAGGUUAAAUAAGCUAUUUUUUUCCCAAACCACAUACAAGCAUCAUAUCCUCUUAGAAUUUUGAAAUGUUUAUUAACUAAUCAGAGUCUGUCUACAAGAGAAAUUCUAUUUUACUUGUGCUUGUGUGGCUAACAGUGGCUGACAAGUUUGGGAAAUAAUCCUUUUUGCAGUUGAACAAAGCACAGCCUUUGCUAGCUAAGGCCUACAGUGGUUUAAGAGUACAUACCCACAUAUCACCAAAUGGUCACAUCAUCAUUCUUGGCUUAACUCAGUUGAAGGAACUUUUAUUGCUAGGUAAGCUCUUGUGUGUUUUUCUUUAACCCCUGCAGCAUUUAGUUAGUGCCUUUCAAUUGUUAUUUAUAAAAAAGAUAUUUUUGUAUGAAUUAUCUACAAGCAAUAUUUGUUGAAUAUACAGCGUUUUUAAUAAAGAAAAAAAGAUCUGAAUGUAAGUGACUGGCAUUUACCAGCUCCAAACUGAAAAUUCCUUUGUUACAUAUUCAGUCAAAAGAGUUGUGUAUUUAUUAUCAGAUGAUAAUGUGCUUUUUCUUUACUAUGUUAAGAUUAGAGUGUGAUACUCUGAUAUGUGCUUCAGGUGUUGAGUAGUCAUUUGCAGAUUGUGAAAGUUAUAUUUUUCACAUGUGCAUUUGCGUUUUGAUAUUGCUGAGUGUCUUGCAUUACUUCUAAGUGGAAGGUAACAGGUUAAUUAAAGAAAAGAAGAAAGCAUACCAACUCUGGCAGAGAACAGGCAGAGAAGUGAUUAGAGAGGUCUAUAGGGAGAAGAGGAGGGUGCCAAAGAGGAAGAUUUGGAAGGAUUGAAUACAGAAUUUCAACUUCACUCUCAGAUGAAAGCAAAAAAAAAUUAUUAUAAGAUGGAUAAUGAAAGGUGGAUAAUAUUGUAGUAAAUGGGGAUAUUGUUUAUGUAUGUAUAGGAUGAAAAUUAAGAACGUUUGACAAGAAAGAAGACAGAACAAUGGAGACAGUAUCUGAGAUUCUGCUGAAUGAAGAGUAUGCUCAAGAACUGGAGAGUUAAGAUGAAACUUUGACCAUGAUAGAAUGUGAUUUCCAGAGAGGAUAAGGCAGCCCUUAAGAUAAUGAGAAUUAUGAAGUAAGUCACAGUAGAGCUGAGGGAAAUAGAUUGAAGCUAUUAUAGAAGUGGAAUUAGAAUAGUAAUUUAAAGUGCAUCAUAAAACAAUAUAUGUACAGAGAAAAUAGUUGUGCUGUAGAAUGGGAAAAAUUGUUGGGAGUAAGAUUGGUGGAGCAGGUUUUGAAAUUAUGGAAGUUGGUGGUUCAGGAAAUAUUGAAAAAAAUCUCAUCAUUAAACAACUGUCAGUGAUUUUUUUUCUUUUAGGAAAAAAAAUCACAUACGUUUUAUUCUAGGUGUAUGGAUCUGUUGCAGAGAUUUGACAAAGAGUACCAGACCACAAAUAAGAUGGACAGUGAACAAGCAGACACUAAUUAAAAAUAUGUAAAUGAUAGGUUUGUUAUAACACAACAUCCAUAUUUCAAGCAAUGACAGGUAUAUAAAAAUCUAGAGGUAAAUGUUGGUUUCCAUGAAGGAUCAGCACAGUGACCUCUAAUGUCUAUCAUCAUAAUUGUAAGAGCUUCAAAGGUAUAAAAAGAGAGCCUUUGGGAGUUAUUGUAUGAUGACAGCCUGGUGUUGAUAACAGACUUAAAGGAAGAGCUAUUAGAAAAGUAAAAAUAUCAAAAACAGAUUAAGAAGGCUACAAAAAUCAGUUUUAACAAAACAAAGAUUAUGAUAAUCAGAAAGGUUGAGAUGGUCUGCAUGUGAUGUUUUGUAAUGAUAGGAGUUUUGAGUUGAGAUUUCAAAAUUUAGUAAUGUGUAGGGUGUAAGUUUUAGCAUUUUUAGCUUUUUCAGGACACUUGCUGGAACAGUUCCAUAUAUCCCAAUGUAUGGCCUGUGGUAAAUUCUGCGUAGAUGAAUCUGGGUUGUUUCUUGUCAGCACACAGUUAUUACUCACACUAUAUAUAUGUUAAUGUGAUUGUUUAAUUCUGGCCUGAAGGAUUUUUUUUUACAACAAAUCCUUUAGGCUUGAAUUAAUUAAAGAACCGAAGGUUUGUUAGUUAUGAAAAAUACAAAUUGAUUAAAAAUUUGUCAUUUUCGUUAUAUGGUAAUGAUCUAGUUGAGGUACCUUUUAUUAUAAUGGGUUGUAAGCCCGAGCACAAUAAUAUGUAAGUAUCUCAAGCAGCCAAGGGCAGAAAAUAUUAACUUGAUUCUGGUUUGAAGGGUUUGUUUUAUUGAUGAAAGUUAAACAUUGUCACAUUAACAUAGUGUGUGAGAGCAAAUAAUAACAAGAACUCGGAUACUUCUUCGUAGCAUUUACUCACAUUAUAUGGUGAGCGACAAUAUAUAAUUUUCGUCCAUAAACACUUCUGGUCAGAAUUGAAUCCAGAAUUUUUAUUCUGCUAGUACAUGUGAGGUACAUACUACAUAUUAUUAUUAUUAUUAUUAUUAUUUUUUUUUUUAUCACAGUCCUCCAAUUCGACUGGGUGGUAUUUAUAGUGUGGGGUUUCGGGUUGCAUCCUGCCUCCUUAGGAGUCCAUCACUCUUCUUACUCUGUGCACCAUUUCUAGGAUCACACACUUCUGCAUGAGUCCUGGAGCUACUUCAGCCUCUAGUUUUUCCAGAUUCAGGGAUCUUGGGAUCGUGCCUAGUGUCCUAUGAUUAUGGGUACAAUUUCCACUGACAUAUCCCAUAUCCUUCUUAUUUCUAUUUUCAGGUCUUGAUACUUAUCCAUUUUUUCCCUUUCUUUCUCUUCAACUGGUGUCCCAUGGUAUUGCGACAUCAAUGAGUGAUACUUUCUUCUUGAUUUUGUCAAUCAACGUCACGUCUGGUCUGUUUGCACGUAUCACCCUAUCUGUUCUGAUACAUAGUCCCAGAGGAUCUUUGCCUGAUCGUUCAAAACGCAUAAAUCUUUUGCCUUUUAUUAUUAUUAUUAUUAUUAUUAUUAUUAUUAUUAUUAUUAUUAUUAUUAUUAUUAUUAUUAUUAUUAUUAUUAUUAUUAUUAUUAUUAUUAUUAUCAUCAUCAUCAGAGUAUAAUAAUAGCAAAGACAAUGACAUAGGAUAGGUCAUAGACAGAAGCUGUCAUUGUACACUACUUUGACAAAUUAGUGUGGACAUGAAAAUCAAUUUGGCUGACUGAUAGAAAGCUUCAAACUCAUUUUGACUAAUGGAAAACCAAGAGGAGACCAAUUGCUCACAUUGUCAGGCAAGAAUUUUAUAUUGAAUAUUUUAGAGACUGGUCAUACUUGAGAUCAAGACAAGACCAUUCAUAAAACAAGGAUAUUGUAUGUUACAUGAGCAAGGUCAUUAAUUUAGAUUAAAGUUGGAUAGACAGUGGCAGAUACUUUCUGAAUACAAGGUAGACAAGUCCUCUUGACAUUUCCAGAACUAGAGAAUGUAAUGACCUAUCAAGCCCAUGUUUAGUUACUCCUGUCAAGCCUAGUUUGUGUUCCAACUUUUUGGUAUUAGAAUGAGAAAAGUGGGCACUGAUUCUUAAUAUACAAGGACAGUGUCAAGUUGAAAUAGACAAAUAUUGCUAAUCAGGGUUGAGGAAAGGAAAUUAUGAUUCUUGGAACUAUGGAUGGCAAAAGGAGUUGAAGAUCUUGUUUCUUUGUCUCAUGAGAGCAGUAUUAUAAAGUAUAGCAUCACUUAUCAUUGUAUGUACCAGACAAGUGAUGUUGCAGUGAGGUAAGAAGUGGUGUCAUUCAACUAAGGUAGACCAGAGUAUAUAAAUCUAUACAGAUUUACAAUCUAUAGCUCUCAUUAACUGAUCAUUUAUGGUAACAAUGAGAAAGUGUGUAAGGAUUCACCCCAGUACAGUAACCAUUAUUUUAUUUUUUGCAUUCAUAAUGAGCUUGCAUUAAAAUUGAGUAAGCUGAAAAGAUUUAAGCCCUUACUAGGCUUCCACAAAAUGGAAUAUGUGUGUGAUUGAUAGAAAGUAACCAAGAAAAGCAUUGUUGCAUGAAAAUGAAAAUAACAAAAAAUAAAUUACUGCAAAUACAUAAAUUUAAAAAAAUCAUGACUACAUAUAGGAUGCCUAACAAAAUUAUUUCAUAGGAUUUGACCAUAUAUUUUCAAGUGCUCCAAAAGUGAAAAACAAAUUCAGAUGUCAAAUCAAAAUGAGAGCAGGUACAUGAGGCAAUGAAACCUGUCAUAUAAAAGUAAAGCUAAACACUGUUGCCGGAGUUUUAGUUCAAAUCUAGCCUCCUGUACUGAUUGUUCCACUCACUGACCUGCUCAAGAAAUCUUUCAAGGUUGGUAUCUAUUGUGCUUCAUUGUGCAAUUGUGCCAGUAUAAUGGCUAUAGUUUUUACAUUGAUUGCAUACUGUAAUCAUUAAUUGUCAAGCCUGACAGUCUUGUGUCUAAGAGUUUUUAGCAACAGAAUAGUUUGUGGAAACACUUGUGAUGACAAAGGUUAGUACAGUAUAUCACCUUGAUAACCGAUGUUACUAGGUAUAAGAUAGAUAUUUUUAUCUAGGUAAAGGAAACACUGGGAGGAAUCUGAACAAGCUUCAAUUCUUAUUCACUCUCAAACAUGUAUGGUAAUAACUUUCGUCUGGAACUCGUAAUCAUCACCAUCAUUACUUCUAACACUUCCAUGAUGCCACCAAGGACCUAUGUGAAAAAUGACCCCUCUUAUCCUCCCUUCCUUACCUUUCCACAAAUCUCCAGCCUCCCUUUCUCAUAGUUGGGUCUUCCAACUCUUCUGGCAUCUGCAAGAACCCACUUGACAAUAUUACUGUACAUACUAUUCUCCCAGGCUUGUUCAAGGAACAUGGCCAAGCCAUCGUCAUCUCCCUUACAUCAUAAUCUCAUCUAAAUAUGGAAUUAUUGUAAUUUCCCGUAUGGUAUCAUUUCUAAGUGUAUUUGGUUGUCUGACUCCUAAUCAUCUUGAAGUUUUUAUAUAGAAUUACUGGAAACAUUUUUUUACCAGAUACUUAUGUAAUUUUAAUGACAACACCUAAACUUUAUUUCUUCACAUUUUUUGGGUACUUAUCAUUACAAACCCUUAAGAUCCAAAUGAAGAAAUUCUGAUGUAGGUAGAAGGAUUUGAACCCACAUUCAGUAUAUCAGAAUUAGAUAAUGUUAACCACCUUACCAGGAAGAAGCCUUAUUCUCAAAUUGACAAAAUCUUACAGAUGUUUCAGUGUCAUAGCAUGAUCUGUGUCCAUUUAGCAAUACAGAUCAUGCUAAACUUACAUAUCUUAAUUUUGUAGGUUUAUUCAGUCUAUUUGGUUUUUAAGUCAUAUUCAGCCAUCUAUUGUUUGAUUGUUUUAAUUAGUUUUACUAAAUUGCAACUUGAGGGAACCUGUACUGGAUAUCAUUGUUCAAAAAUAAGUAAAAGAUUCAACCUCAUUCCUAUUCCUUUCUCCAUGUAAUGUUAUCUCUAACGUUUGUGCUUAGUACUCGGUCCUUUUUCUUUUUUCUUUUGUUUCAUCACCCUAGAUAUAUAAUGCAAUCUAUUAUGCAAGCUUUGUAAAUCUUGCAGUGUUUUGCUGAUUACAACAGUAUUAUCUGCAUAUUCUGUUAAGUGUGUAUUGUUACUCAACUCAGAACAUUCUCUUUGACCACUUUUUUUUUUUCUUUAUAGAAAUACGUAAAUGGGAGUCAGCAGAAAUGAAAUAACAUUCCCCAUGUAACAACUCACUAUUUACUGCUAAUAUACUUGACAAGCAUGCAAGAAUCAAACCCGCGACCAUCUACUUUGUAUGUGAAUAACUUCAGUUAGGUUUACAUAUUUAAUGGGAAUGCCAUUGUGACAUGAGCCCUUCCAUAAUAGUGGUCUGUUGAUGCUGUCAAAUGCAGUCAACAUAAUUUUUUCUUGUAUGCAGGCUGACUGAAAGGAAGCACUUGUUUUAAGAUUCAAAUAAAUAUUUUUAAGCCUUCAAGUAACCUUUCAAGAUCAACAACUGGUAUGAUAGAGAUUGGCUUGUAGUUACUGAAGUCUGCUUUAGUUCCCAUAAAAUAGACAAAGUAUAUAACUUUCUUUUCAGAUAGGUAUUUUUGGAAUGAAACGUGAUUUGGGUGUAGUAAGUGAUGUAUGUAUCAGAAACAGGCAUCCUUGGGAAGACAAAUGAUGGCCAUGCUAGUUUUAAUGCUGGUUUAUAAUGUCAGAUCAGUAAGUCAGUCUCACCCAUCUUCAUGUCUUCAGUGAUGACAUUUGUAAACAUCCCCACAGUGAUAACCAAGUGUAAAUGUCGCUAAAAUGAUUAUAAGUGUGAAUGUUCCCAGAGUGAGGCAAGUAACAGAAAGAAAUUUUAGUAUACAUCAGGUGUGCUGUAUCUUAGGUCCAAAUGGUUUGUCCUAAUUAUCUCAAAGGGGAGGGAUUGUAGAUAAUAUAAGCAGUGUAAAAUGAAAUUUUAAAAAGUUUAGGAAAGUCACGUUUUGAUGAAAUAACAAUAAUAAUAAGCAAAAGAAAUAUAUAAACUUUUUAGUGCUUGAAUCGGAUGAUAAUACCUAUUGAUAUAAUAGCUUGAAGUUAAUCAUGAAUCCUUUUUCAUGUAUUUAUUCUUGUGCUUAUUUUAUCAUGACAGAACUUUGUGGCUGUGCAAGUGAGACAGGAUUCACACUGGACAAUGCCAUUUAUCGUAAUGAAACUUAUAGUUUUAGUUUUUUGAGUAGUAAUAUAUCAUCAAUGAUAUGCAUAUUUUCUAUGCUAUGAUCACUCUGACCUAAUCCUGAGGCCAAUGUGUGUUUUGUACUUCAGGUCUUGUAGUGCAAGCCAAAGAAAAUCAAACUAAAAUGAUAAAAAACAAAAACAAAAGAUAAUCAGAAACCCUGGGAAAAAUGGGAAGGACAUGGUUCAACUUAAGGAUCUACAAUACUGAUUGUAUUCAUGGGAUGCUUGCAUAUUUUAUUCUAUAUAAAAUCAAAUGCCAUGUAAUUCAGUUGUUCACAUACUAUAAUGAUUUAAACCCCUCAAAUUAAAAGUAUGAAAAGAGCAAAAUUCUUAAACUACAGUAUGUGCAAGACAUGCUUGUUCUUAAUUGAAAAAUUUUUAUAUCUUUUAUAAAACUCAAGUAGUUUCAAAAUUUUUUCUCAGAUUUUAGUGAAUCUGUUUUUGGAAGAUUUUUUUUUAAUUAGAAAGGUUUCUUAUAAUAUAGCUGUUUAGUUUUUUCAUCAAAAGACUCAGUAGUUCAGACAUUUCUGUAAAUUUUUUUAGUUCAAAGUACCUUUACUAUUACAAGUUAGUUGUUAAGCUGAGGAGGAUGCACCUCAUUUAUGCUUUGAUUUAAUAUGUAUAUAAUUUGUAUUACUUAACAGGAAGUCAUACUCAGUUUGUUCAGUGUUUGCUUGUGUGUUCCUUGUCAGCUUUUUCAAGAUAUUUUAUGGUGUUACAUAGGCAAAAUGUGAACGUAACAAGAAUAUCUUUGUGAUUGAAGUAUGUUUAGCAGUGAAUGUUUUUCUUUUUCAGCUGUAGCUUUGGCAAAGAUUAACAUUUUGCUAUAUAGUAAAGAAGCAAUUUUAUCUAUAGAAUUUUGUAAGAUAUAAAGAAGUUUAGUACUGUAUUUUAAUCCUGAAUUAUUGGUUUAAUAAUGUACAUAUCAAAUCUUUUUUAUAAAUGAAUAUAGAAGUAUAUUGGGCUUAUGCUCCCAGUGUAUGGAAUAGAAUAUUUAUGAGAAUUAAGCAACCAAAAAGUAAUGCCAAACAUUUAUCAAAGCAUGCAAAAGCUGCAGGCAAAUUUUACUUUAUAUUUGUUAGUUUUCACUGUUAUCAAAUUCAGUAAUAAGGGUUAUAUAUAGUUUACCAAAAGGCUUACAUCUUUAGGCUGGUGAAUUAUCUAUAGGAGCUUUUUUUUUUUUGAGUGUGAGCUUUUGCAUUUCUUGAACGUUACCAUUCGCAUCAUUGCCAAGUUUUCGGUGAUUAGCUUACAAAGAUAGUUAUUUUUACAGAAUUUUCAUCAUCCAUCAAAGAGUACUUGGGACCAUUCAACUGAGUCAUGCAAUAAACUUUUAUUUCUCUUAUCAUGAUGUACUGUACUAAAAGAAUAUAAACGGCCAUGGCAUUUGCACGACAUAGAUUUUGGAUAUGGUUGCCAAUUUGUGGUGCGUAAAUGAAACCAUGACAGUCUGAAGUUACAUGGUCCAUAGUAUAUUUAGGAUAAAUUUUAUACUGUAUGCUGAUAUCAACUUACUUUUCUUUCACUACAUUUUGAUAAAAAAUGAAAUGCAGGUAAACAACGAGAAGGGAAGUGAUUUCUUUGAGCUAUAAUUGAUUUUUUUCUAUUUUGUGUAAUAUAUAUACAUACUGUAUUACUGUUUUCUUGAAAUUGGCUCUUUUGCCACUGAUAUCCAUGACAUUGCCAUGUUUCUUCUCCAUUUGCUUGUGUAUAUCUGUUCAUUGCAAACUUGUUAAACAAAUGGCUGCAUCUUACUGUGUUCCACUAUAUGAAAAUGCUCAAUUAUGUAAAUAGAGCACAGGCAUUGAUACAGAUUUAAAAUGAUUACUCAUAAAAGUUUUAAGUUCACCCAGCUAACUGUACUUAAUCGUACUGUAUAUGGUAGUUUCAGCCCCAUGAGAAAAGUCUCCAGGUAUCUGAAGUAUGUCUUGUAUACUUUGUGUUUAUAGAACAAAUUUAUUUCACAUAAAAUGUAUGAGAACUUAAUUUUCUUUAAUUGCAGCACAUUAAUUUGGAAGUAAAAGGGAAGUUUUUUUUUUUUUUUUUAGACCAGAUUGGAGAAUACAUAGCUCAGACUUUAUUGUAGAAUAAGUAAAAUGGUACAUACUUUUUCAGAUUAUUUGGGACAUUUAAAAUGUUUCCAGGAUAAUACACAUGGAAUAUGUUUGGAACAUUUGUAAUGUAUCCAUUGUAAUACAUGUGGUUUAUAAUCUCCCUAUGGACCCAAUAGCAAUGUCAAGUGUUAGCAGAUUUGAUAUGGCAUAUGAGUAAUAACUGUAGUUUGUGUACAUAGAUUUUUUCUAUGUGUACCUUGUCAACUGUAAAUGUUUAUCAGAGUAUUUGUUUUCUUUUGCCAUCACUUUUAUAGAUAACAGUGCAAAAACUUAAAUAAAAAUAUUACAGCUUCUUAA